AGGCCUAGAGCGGCCAUGGGGUCCAGGUCUGGGUCCGGGUCCAGGUCCAGAUCUAGAUCCAGAGAACGGCGGAGGAGGAGGCGGCGGUCCGGAUCCGAGGAGAAUGAAAGGCGACGGAGGAGAAGGAGAGAGCGGGAAGACAGUCCAGUGGAGGAGAGUCAAAAAUGGAAAAAGAAGAAAGAGAAAAGUGGAGACCACCACCACAAGAAGCACAAGAAACAUUCCUCCCGGGACCGCUCCCCGAGUUCGGAUUCCUCGGUGGGAAACCCAAGACGCAGCAGCGAGAGGAGGGGCAAGCGGAGCAGGAAGCGUUCUGAUUCCAGGUCUUCGGUGUCCUCCGUGUCGUCGCCCUCUCCCUCGCGCUCGCAGAACUCCCAGGAAGACCUGGGCCAGCAGCUUACCCUCCAGGAGCAGCUGAAUCUGAAGGAAGAGAAGAGGAAUCAGAGGGAGCUGAUGAAGGCUCUGGAGACUCCCGAAGAGAAGAGGGCCAGGCGCCUGGCCAAGAAGGAGGCCAAGGAACGGAAGAAGCGAGAGAAGAUGGGCUGGGGGGAAGAGUAUAUGGGCUACACCAAUACGGACAACCCCUUUGGGGACAACAAUUUGCUGGGCGCUUUCAUCUGGAGCAAGGCUCUGGAAAAGAAAGGGAUCAGCCACCUGGAGGAGAAGGAAUUGAAGGACAGGAACAAACGGAUUCAGGAGGAGAACCGCCUGGAGCUGCAGAAGGUGAAGCAGCUGCGCUUGGAGAGGGAGCGGGAGAAGGCGAUGAGGGAGCAGGAGCUGGAGAUGCUGCAGCGGGAGAAGGAGGCGGAGCACUUCAAAACGUGGGAGGAGCAGGAAGACAACUUCCACCUGCAUCAGGCCAAGUUGCGCUCCAAAAUCCGGAUCCGGGACGGCCGGGCUAAACCCAUCGACCUCCUGGCUAAAUACAUCAGUGCCGAGGAUGACGAUCUGGCUGUGGAGAUGCACGAGCCGUACACCUUCCUGAACGGUCUUACUGUCUCCGACAUGGAAGACCUGUUGGAGGAUAUCCAGGUUUACAUGGAGCUGGAACAAGGGAAGAACGUGGAUUUCUGGAGGGACAUGACCGUCAUUACCGAAGAUGAGAUUGCCAAGCUCCGGAAACUGGAGGCUUCUGGGAAAGGGCCGGGCGAGCGCCGGGAAGGGGUGAACGCUUCGGUCAGUUCGGACGUGCAGUCUGUUUUCAAGGGGAAGACCUACAUCCAGCUGCAAGUGAUCUACCAAGGGAUCGAGGGCAAGAUACGGGCCGGGGGCCCCAACCUUGACAUCGGCUAUUGGGAGAGCCUCCUACAGCAACUUAAGGCUUACAUGGCUCGGGCGAGGCUGCGGGAGCGGCACCAGGACGUCCUGCGCCAGAAGCUGUACAAGCUGAAACAAGAGCAAGGGGUGGAGAGCGAGCCCCUUUUCCCCAUCGUCAAGAAGGAGCCGUCCUCUCCAGGUCCCAGUGGCGGCAACAGCAGCAGGCUGGAGGCAGAGGAGAGCACGCCCCCACAAGCCGGCCCUUCUUCCGCUGAGGCCGGGGGCGAGGGCGAGGCCAAAGCGGAGGGGGAAGGGGAGGCCAUCCUGAUGGAGGAAGACCUCAUCCAGCAGAGCCUGGACGACUACGACGCUGGGAAGUACAGCCCCCGGCUGCUGACUUCCCACGAGCUGCCCUUCGACGCCCACGUGGUGGAAGCCGACGAGGACCUCCAGCGCCUCCUGCUGUCCCGUCAGCAGCUGCAGGUCACAGGUGAUGCCAGCGAGAGCGCGGAGGACAUCUUCUUCCGCCGCGCCAAGGAGGGCAUGGGGGCGGACGAGGCACAGUUUAGCGUGGAGAUGCCCCUGACAGGGAAGGCCUACCUGUGGGCGGACAAGUACCGGCCCCGCAAGCCCCGCUUCUUCAACCGGGUGCACACGGGCUUCGAGUGGAACAAGUACAACCAGACCCACUACGACUUUGACAACCCCCCUCCCAAGAUCGUGCAGGGCUACAAGUUCAACAUCUUCUACCCCGACCUGAUCGACAAGCGCUCCACCCCGGAGUACUUCCUGGAGGCCUGCCCGGACAACAAGGACUUCGCCACCCUCCGCUUCCAUGCCGGCCCGCCCUACGAGGACAUCGCCUUCAAGAUCGUCAACCGGGAGUGGGAGUACUCCCACCGCCACGGCUUCCGCUGCCAGUUCGCCAACGGCAUCUUCCAGCUGUGGUUCCACUUUAAGCGCUACCGGUACCGGCGGUGAAGGG